UCAUGGCAUUGCAGAAGUGAAAAUAGGGCUGGGGUGGUGGGAGGAGGGGGAGGAGGCGGCACGCUGAGCUGUUUUCCUUGCCUCGUGAUGAAGUGCUUUGAGGGGAAAUCUCGGCUGAGGAGAUGCUGCUGCCAAGUCCUCUUUGGUGCGAGGAGCGGAGGGACGCGAGCUGGAGGGGUGGGCGGUGGGACAGCAGGAAUACGCUUGCUUUUGGCCAAGAGGCAGCAACACCGUGUGAGGGAGCCCUCCUGCCUCCCUCCCUUCAACUUCUGGAGGAAUUCAACGUGAUUUCAGCAGGGCAAGGUUGGCAGGGCAGUGCCUGUUUCUCCCCCAGGUGCAGCGAGAGGAAGAUGAAGGUCCUGCUGAUGCCGGCGCUGCUGCUCGCCUGCGGCAUGCUCACAGCUCGUGGGAAGCACCCACACACGUUUGCUCCAGGGCUGGAAGGAAGCACCGUGGCAAACCUGACUGCCCAUGGCUGUGGCUUGGGAUGGGGCCGUGGUCGCACUGCUUUCAUGGACAGGUGCUGCCUGCUCCGUGCCUGCUGCUACGCCAAGCUGGCCGCACGCCGCUGCCGCGUGGGACAAACCCAACGCCUCGCUGCGCCCCGGCCGGGGGUCCCUGCCUGCAGCUCCGGGACGCGGUGCCAGCGAGCAGCCUGUAGGUGCGAGCGUUUGGCUCUGCUGUGCCGGGCACGCAGCCGGGCGCUGCGCAGGUGUCGAGGCAGACGCUGCUGAUGGAGAAAGGCUCCUCGUAAUAAACCCACCUCCAUGCUGGUAAGCAAAGCGGAGCUCGGCGCAGCGCCAGGAGCGCUUCCCAAUGCUCUUCUUCAGGGCUUUUUGGCUACGACAGGAGGACAACCGCCCUUUUGUGAAGCUGCGUCAUUGGACACUGGGUGUGAGGAGGGCAGAGCAGAUGUAAUGUUUCUGCUCAGAAAAACAAGGGAGGAGCAGACACCUGUGCCUUGUCACAGCAAAGGGCGAGAUGAUGGAAGCAGUCUUGCUGUUGGCGUUCACCCCUUUUGGCUCAAGCUCCCCGUUUGUAAAUCACUGCACGGAGAUGUUGGCUCCCUCAGCUUCUUGCUUCGCUGCAGAAUCUUGUAUGUUGCUCCAAAAUAAAACCAGAGAGCACAAAGCUUUGGUCCUCUGUGACUUCAUUGUGUUCAGUGACAACCCCUAGCACUGGGAGAAGCUCAUCUGUUAGUAGGGCUUCCUGCAGAGAUACCCAUAAAAAAACACCCAGCCCCAAGGAGCAGAGUUAAGCAGCAGGAUCCAGAACCUGCUUAUAUUGCUGCCCACUGGUACCAUCCCCUUUUCCAGAAAGGAGAAGCCAGUCCAUGCUCCCUGAAGGGUGAUGCAUCCUCCACGGUGCUCAUUGGCACCCCUCAGAUCCCUACAAUUCGCAGCUUUCCUGAGGCAGAGAAAUGGAAGCUGCUGUGAAAGUCAGUGGGCAGGCAUGAUGCUGCUGCAGGAGGGCUGGCUGCCAGUGAGCUUUGCUGCGAUGGGACGGCGGGGAAAUCACGCUUGCCUCACAGUCAGAGCAGAACAAAACAUGUUUCUCAUCAGAAAAGAAUGUUUUGGCCUUAUUUUGCAACAACCUCCAGCAUGUCCCUUAUGAAAAGGCAGUUAAGGCAGCAGCUGCUUCCUCUCUCCCCAAGCAUCCUCACAAUGCAGGUUUUCUGCCCUGCAGGUAAAUUCAGCACAGUUGAUCCCAUGGGAGAGUUUGGACAGUGCUGCAAAUCCUGUGGGGCUCUGUAACAAAGUACAACCCCCAAAACAGUGACAAAAGUUGGUGGCCCCAGGAGCACCAGCUGCAAUUCACACCCUAGCUUGUCCCAGAUGUGAUGACAGUGGUACUGGGAAAUACUCCUUGAACAAGGAAGCAUCCCUGAAUAAGGAAGUAUCCCUUGAAUCAGAAAUGCUCCCCACCAGCUGCAAACCAGGCACCCACUGCGUAGCCCUGGGGGGGCACAAACACCCACUAGGAAGGAGAGUGCAGCCCUGCGCCAAGCAGCUGCUGUUUGUGAGGUGUAAGUCAAGGAUCGUGUCCUUGUCAGGAUGGGACACAGAGGUGAUUCAGCUGACAGGUUGCACACCAGGCUGAGUUAAAACACGCUCUCCCUGUUUAAAUUUGAUAUACUUUUCUACUCGGACAUCCAGCUAUACAAAUCAGCUCACUUGGAGCUCCACAGGCAGCUCUGUUAGCUCAGAUGCUGCACAAAUGCUGAAAGCAGCACUGGAAUUGGUGCAUGGGGGGGGGAAAGAAGGCAACUCCAUGUAAACAUGCCAAACUCAUUAAUUAUUACCAGCAACCACAGCCAGACCCCAAGAAUGUUGUUACAGCACUUGCUGGGGCACAAAGAUGUGCAAUGUUUAGCAUCACUUGGGACUGAGCACUGAGCAUCAGCAAAGCCCACAGCUCUGCAUCUCAUCCACAUCAGGACAGCAGAAAGGGAAGAUGCUUUGCAUUUUUUCCCUGUCCAAGCAAGCAAUCAGGGAAACAGUAAGAUACAGCACGGUGCUUUCAAAAGCCACCUAAAGACGAUAUUGUUCCUGUUUUCCCUCCAGUUCUCCAUAUUUGUGCAAAGUACUGAGAUAAUCAGAGACGAGACUUCACUCUCAUUUCCAGUCCAUGUAAAAAUCCCCUGCCCUCCCAUCAAAGGGCAUCCCGACAUUUCCAAGAAAGGGAAUUGCUCCUGAGCAGGCCUCCAAGAUGCCAGGAGCAGCUUGCACGUGUAACGGAACAGAUAUGAUGAGGACUGUCAAUAUUUGCCCACUUUGGAGAAAUCAAAGGAGGAAUCGUGCUGAGCAAACACACGUUGUCUAUAAAACGUGCAGCUGGGCUCACACUCAGCACCCUGGGAUCAUCCUGCUCCAGUGCUGCCCAUCACGAGGCCAUGAAGCUCCUGGUGCUCCUCGUCUGCCGUGAGUAUCCCAUUGCAUGGUGAUGGGGCAAGGCUGGGCUGAUGGCUCCUCUUUUUUAGUCCAUUUUUAGAAGGUUCUCUUUCCAACGCCACUAACAGCAUGUCUCCAGUUGCAGGGCUGGCCCCCGCGGGCUGCAACGUGGCUCAGUUUGGUGUCAUGAUUAAGGAGAAGACUGGGAAGUCUGCGCUGUCCUACAAUGGCUACGGCUGCCACUGUGGACUUGGGGGAUCCAAGAGGCCGGUGGAUGCAACCGACUGGUGCUGCCAUGCCCACGACUGCUGCUACAAGAAGCUGUCAUCCUUGACCUGCGUUCCCCACCUCGUCCUUUACAAAUUCUCCACCAAGGGAGGCGAGAUCACAUGCGGAUCUGGGAAUUCAUGCCAAAAAGGUGCCUGCAAGUGUGACAAAGCAGCAGCAGAGUGUUUCAAGAGGAACCUCAAAACCUUCAACAAAAGCUACCAGAAUUACUUAAACUUCAAGUGCAAGGGCUCACUUCCCUCUUGCUAGAGAUGCCAGACUCAAAACCUGAUGGAAAUGCUCUAAAUUGAGAUUCUCUUCCUGCAGUGAGAUGGAGCAAGGCACAACUCCAACCCAAAAAGGCACUUGGAACCUCUCCACCAAGCCUGCCAGACCCUGAAUUGGUACACAAGAAAAGCUUGCUCCUCAGAAUUAAAUAAAUCAAAAAAUCUUUGCAAAUAAAAAUAAUUUUCCAAGACAAUUUCUAAUGUGUUGCUUCAAAACAGUGCCUGAACGGGUGGGAAAGCUGUAGCAGAGCUAAUGGAUCAAACACUACAAGGCAGCCAGACCACAGGUGCAAACCAGCCCUGUCCUGCUAAUUACUUACUUACUAAAGCUAUGGGGUACUGCCAGGGCUUUAGGUUUCCAUUAAAGAGAAGACUUCAAGUUAUACCUAUACUUCUCCUCAGUCAAAAAUCUGAACCAAACAUUUCUACCAGAAGGGAAAAAUGAGAUAGAACCUGAGUGGGAAAGAGCUAAUCAAGUCAAUGCUGCCAUCUAAGGUUUCUGAGUGCAAACACAUUUGACUCCAGCCAACAGCAAAACAUUUUUAUAUUUACAUUUCUAUGUCGGUUUGGAAGCUCCAUAGAACAUACAGAUUAUGUAUAGUUUGGGUUUUUUUUUAAUGCUUCUUACUUUGAAAAGAAAUCAUUUCAUCUCUGCCCUGGUUGAUAAGGUAUCUCCCGUUGCCUGUUAUGUAUAAGUACACAUGUACUUUCUUAAAGCUGAUGCUCAAUACAAGUCCAAAACUUGACUGAAGCUGAACCACUGCAAGCCAUAAAUCUAAGGCCUAGUCCUGUAGUGCUUCUACUUCAGUUCAAAUUCCCAAUCCUGUAGUGGAAAGCACCACAGGUUUGAGAGGAAAUUAAGAUUAAAAUCCUACCCUAGAAAAAGCCUGAUUUACAAAGAGUGAACCAGGCAUAGCUUCCAGUAACCAAUGCUGCCUGGAAGCUUCUUCCCCAAGACUCUUGAUUCAUUGGUUAUACUAAUUUCAUUUAGAGACUAAUAACUAUCAAGAUCCUGGAUCUGGAGUCCCCCUAAAGCUCCAGAGUAUGGCAAAGGAGAAGAAACUGCAGAUGUCCAAGUAACAGCACUCAGCACAAACUCCAAGUCUGCUUGUAUCAUAUUUUACUACCUUGUUUGACUUCAUCAGAUCAAACGUAUCAGCUCUGCAGCCCCAGGAGUCCACUCUCAAAUGAAAAAGAAAAGAAGAAUCUCAUGUUUGAUAGUGUUGACUGACACUUUUUUUUUCUUUAAAGAGAAUUUUGGGACUGUUCCCUUAUUUUUUAAACUUAAAUAGAAAAAAAAAAAAAGCAUGUUCCUGAGUUGAGAAUUGUUAGUAUUUUCCCUGACUGUAAGGUAAAAUAAAUCUCCUCCAUAGUAAAAUGUUGCUAUAAUAAAUCUAAGCACAUGAAGAGAUGAAGGCAAAUCUGAUGCUGCUGUGUAAUGAAAAUUCUCACCUUCAUCAUCAUCACCAAGAUAAUGAAAAGCAGUCCUUUUUUUUUUUUGUUAGGUUUAAAACUCGUCUCUCACACAGGUUGC